CGCGAUCAUUCAGUCACAGCCUCCGGGUCUCUCCCGCGACAGCAUAUAUAUGAUGCACAAGUGUGCCAGAGCCGUGAGCGACAGGUACCGGAGGGCGGCCCGGGACGACCACCUGGCUUUGCUGAAGGAGGCGACGCGCAGGGACCUAAAGUGCCCGGGCGAAGACGGCAUGACAGCGGCGCUCUGGGCCGCCUAUCACGGCAAUCUGGCGGCACUGCGCCUCAUCGCGGGGAAAGGGGGUGACCUGGACAAGUGUGACAUCUGGGGCAGCACCCCACUCCACCUGGCAGCUGCCAACGGUCACCUGAACUGCGUCUCUUUCCUGGUGUCGUUCGGCAUUAAUGUCUGGUGCCUGGACAACGAUUCCCACACUGCCCUGGAGGUGGCGGCCUCGCGGGGCCACAUGAACUGCGUGCGUUACCUGGACUCAGUGGCAGCCAGGCAGGAGGGGCUGAACCCCAAGCUGGUGGGUAAGCUGAAGGAGCGGGCGGAGCGCGCCAUGCAGCGCCGGACCCGCGCCGGGCAGGACGCGUGGCAUGAGCACCCAGAACUCUUGGAACGUUAUGACUAUUGGGGUGGGCAAGGUUACCUGAGCUUCUAUAGCUACACCAGCAGCAAGACCUUUGGCAUCACGACCUCCAGAACCUCCCUUUCCCAGAUGUGGAGGGAAGGUCAGUCGCUAUGUCGCUCAGUUAUCCCCCUGCGUAUCCCCCUGCGUAUCCCCCUGCGUGUCUCCCUGCGUGUCUCCCUGCGUGUCCCCCUGCGUGUCCCUCUGCGUGUCUCCCUGCGUAUCCCCCUGCGUGUCUCCCUGCGUGUCUCCCUGCGUAUCCCCCUGUGUGUCUCCCUGCAUAUCCCCCUGCGUGUCCCCCUGCGUGUCCCCCUGCGUGUCUCCCUGCGUAUCCCCCUGCGUGUCCCCCUGCAUAUCCCCCUGCGUAUCCCCCUGCGUGUCCCCCUGCGUGUCUCCCUGCGUAUCCCCCUGCGUAUUCCCCUGCGUGUCUCCCUGCGUAUCCCCCUGCGUAUCCCCCUGCGUGUCUCCCUGCGUAUCCCCCUGCGUGUCUCCCUGCGUGUCUCCCUGCGUAUCCCCCUGCGUAUCCCCCUGCGUGUCCCCCUGCGUAUCCCCCUGCGUGUCUCCCUGCGUAUCCCCCUGCGUGUCUCCCUGCGUGUCUCCCUGCGUAUCCCCCUGCGUAUCCCCCUGCGUGUCCCCCUGCGUUUUCCCCUGCGUGUCUCCCUGCGUAUUCCCCUGCGUAUCCCCCUGCGUGUCCCCCUGCGUUUUCCCCUGCGUGUCUCCCUGCGUAUCCCCCUGCGUAUCCCCCUGCGUGUCUCCCUGCGUAUCCCCCUGCGUGUCUCCCUGCGUGUCCCCCUGCGUGUCCCCCUGCGUGUCUCCCUGCAUAUCCCCCUGCGUAUCCCCCUGCGUGUCUCCCUGCAUGUCCCCCUGCGUAUCCCCCUGCGUGUCUCCCUGCGUGUCCCCCUGCGUAUCCCCCUGCGUCAAGCUGACUCCCCUCCUUUUCUGCAGGCCACCUUGCAGUCUAUCGCCAAGGGCAAGGCCAAGAUCCAGAAGAUUCUGCGGAGGAGGAAGCAGGUGGUGGGGGCCUUUGCUGUGCCUGAGGACUCCCCCUCCCCAUCUGGGCUCACCAGUGCAUAUGAUGUCAUGUUCCCUUCCCACAUGUGCCCCAGGGACUCCCUGUUUCACCCCAGAGCCUGUGACGGGUUCCCCUUUGGUGACAGUGAUGUCAUGUCCCGCGCCGUGAGUGACCCAGGCGUCUGUGUGGCCGAGCAGGUCGGCUGGCAGGCCAGGAUGGACUUGGGCUACGAAUCGCUUUUCAACCGGCCCGGACUGGGGACCGUGAUGUUCAGACGCACCUACUGCCCUGGUGCGGGGACCGGAGCCACUGUGCUGGGCCGCAGGAUGGUGGGGACCGGGCCGGCGCUGCGGCGCUCCCCUAGCCUGGACAGCUACCUCCUGGAGGAGGACCAGAGGGAGGCGCCGUGGGAGUCACGGCUGAGCCUAGGGGAGGAUGCCAGCGGUGAUGAUGCCUCCCCUCUGGAGGCCUUCCUGGUUGCAUGGGGAGCCAGUGAAUUCCUGCCCGUGUUCCAGCAGGAGAAGAUCACCCUGGAUGUCCUGCUGCUUUCCUCCGACCACGACCUCGAGGGAGUCGACAUCCCACUGGGACCCCGUCGGAAAAUCAUGGAAGGUUGCCGACGGAGACAAGAGGCACUGCAGGACCCUGGCGAACUAAAGGACACAAAACUGUGA